CUUUAUGAAAAAAUCGAUCAGGCUAUCAUUCAACACUCGUAAGCGGAACAGUGGAUCUAAUUUUUUUAAUUGGUCUAGCGGAUCAAAUGAUCAACUUGGAGCUAUCCCUGAAGAAAAAGUCAAGCCUCCUGAAAAACUUCCGCUCUCUAUAACCUUAAAAAAGGACACAUCGAUGAGUUCAUCAGAGCUUUGGAGCAGAGAUGACACUUCCCAUAAUGGAUCUUUACCAAACGAAGAUAGUUCAGAACAUACGCUAGAGAAAUCUGAUUCUGUAGACACUCUACAAGACAUUUGUAUUGACAGACUCUUUCAAACUAGUCUUUCCAGUCUUUCCUCCAAGUCAGUCGCAUCCUCUCACAAAGACAAUAAUGACACCAGAAGAAACUCGGAAGUUUCUGACUCACAACUAACUGAAAAGGGAAACGAUACGCCAUUUGUCACGCCCAAUGUAUUUCCCGAUGAUAUUAGCGAUACUGUAGAUAUCUUUCUUUCGCCAGAACAAACAACUACUGGCAAUAGUCCAAUCGAAAUUGUUUGCAACAGUCCAGUCGAAUCUCCUCAUCACAGUCCAAUCGAGACUCCUCCUGAGGUGCCUAAAAAGCCUGUUAUAUCCACCCCAAACGACACAGAUUUUUUUAGUCCAACAUUAUCACAAGUGUAUGCAGAAAGCAUAGGAUAUGAAGCAUCAUUUGAAGACAGCCGAUCAACAGAAGAGCUCAGCGUCAAAAAGAAACGUCUCUCUUUUUCUGGUUUCAAGAGCCAGUUACAGAAAAAGAUGAAUGUUGCAAAGCAAAAAUCUAAAGACGCAGCUUCAUUUGGCAUUGAAAAGCUUAGGAAUAGCAGUAGACGAAGUUUCAGUGACCGUAGCAAGGGAGAGAUAUCAUUACCUAUUCCUCUUGAUAUUCGCUCGCCCUUGAUCCCUCCUAAAGAUGAUGAAAACUUCCGCUUGAUGACAGAAAAGGAAUUGUUUGAACCUACGACUCCCAACUAUGACAAGUUUGCUAAAUAUAAAGAUAAACCCCCUCCUGUGUAUGAAAAGCCAGAAACUGGAUCUAUAGUCGAGUCAUUUGAAGAACUUGCUGUAAGGACAUUUGAAAGUCUCAGCCUAGGCUUGUUCCAAGAGCGCUUUUUCUGUACAUAG